UUACUGCUCUCCUUGUGCUAGUGAGAAAGAAACACUCGUCUGUGCUGCCUUCAAUUUCCAACAAUGAACGUUGGGAAAUAAGUAGCUUAUUCACUACUCAAUUUUCUGCUUGUGACAGCUGACUGGCUCAAGGAUGACAGUGAGUCCUGAGCGUAAACAAGAUGAGGAGGGCCCAGGGGACCCAGUCGUUCGUUUCCAGAGCUACUUGCAUGGUGGAACCUCCAGCUUGCUGUCGACUCUUCCCACCCUCAUCGUCUUCCCCGUCUAUAAGACUGUCUUUCGUCAGCAAAUUCACAACACUGCUGUUCACCAGGCGGUGGGACAGCUCCGCAAAGAGGGACCUGUGAAGCUCUACAGGGGCGUGGCUCCACCAUUGGUGAUGAGGACACUGAAUGGGACGUUGCUCUUUGGUCUCCAAGACACCCUCCUCCACCAGUUGUCUUCCCAGAACGUCAUCUCCACCUCUGCUCUGCCUGCUGUGGCUGGCCUCGGUGCAGGUGUAAUAGAAGCUGUGGUGUUCACUCCCUUUGAGCGCGUUCAGAAUGUGUUGCAGAACGGCCAGAAUGACCGCCACCUGCCCUCCCUGAAGAGUGUUCUUGUGAAGUUGAAGGCGCAGAGGCUGGCCACAGGCUACUACAGAGGAUUCCUGCCCAUCGCAGUCCGCAACGCCCUCGGCAGCUCCCUCUACUUUGGCUUGAAGGGGCCUGUGUGCGGUGUCGUGGCGGAGCAGGGCCUCUCUCCGGUGGCCUCCUCCUUCGUCUCAGGGACGCUGACCUCCAUGGCCAUCAGCCUGACUCUGUACCCGCUGUCUGUACUGGUGGCAAACAUGCAGGCGCAGGUCGGCGGGGAGGUGAAAGGGGUCUUGGCUUGUUGGAGGUUGCUGUGGGAAUCUCGCCACAGGAGUUUCCCUCUGCUGUACCGAGGGGGCUCCCUGGUUAUUCUGAGGUCAUGCAUCACAUGGGGAAUCACCACUGCUAUUUAUGACAGGCAGGAGAAGCGAUCAGGCUGAGGAGUCACUGUUUAUCAUAGUUUGUCAUAUUAUCUUUCAGGAUAUGGUUGUGACUGGAUUACAUAGACUUGACAUGCUAAAAAUGUAAUUGUCAGUAAUGUGCAGUAUUUUAUUCCUUGUUGACCUUCCGUGUUACUCUUUUCAUGCAACUUCAUCUGGAAAUGAAAGGGAUUUAAGCCCCCAAAUUCAAAUCCUAUUUCGUGUCUUAUGUUCAAGCAGGAUCUUUCAUAGCAGGAGAAGCACAGGUGUCAUUCAUAGCAUUCACAAUGUUUCUACUAGUGGUUGGCGGAUCAAUCCAAAGUAUCGAUAGUAUUGAUACCACAUUGGUAUCGGAAUCGGAUCUAUACUUCUGCAAUAGAACCCACACUUAAAUUUCAGUUUCUCUUCUGUACGUUCAGCAACCGCUACAUUGUGGUUGUGCAAAAAACCGCUCCUCUUGCUCACAUCUCUUGCUCACUUGUCUCCUCUUUCUCAUUUUCUCCUCACAUACAUACACGGCGAUACAGGCCCUGUAUUUACUUGGCAUCGGAUCAAUAUCAAAUGUUGCAGUAUCGCCUACCCCUCUACCUAAUUCAAGUGUGCCAAUUAAACCAUUACAGUGUGACGGGGAUUUUAGUAUCCUGAAACCACUGCAGCUAAGUGGAAUUCAGACAUUAUUCAGUGUAUUAUUUACAGAUGUAAGGAAGGAAGUUUGGGUGAAUAUUUGUCAUGAGCCAAAGUUUUUUGUUUGUUUGUUUGUUUUUUAGAAAUAUACAUAUGGUGCUGGUGAAUCACAGGUUGCCUUUUUUAUCUUAUAAGGAAACUCCGACAUCUUUGUUUAUUUAAGUCAUUUUACUCAUCAUGGUAGAUACGACUCAGCCUCUGGAUACAGUUGUUUCUUGUUCUUGUGGUAAUUUUUGGGGGGCAUUUUAUUCUUCUGAACAAAGUAGACGAUAUAAAUGACAGCGAAUUAGGAGAAAAAGAUGAGCCGACACCUGCCACAAAGGUCAGACUUGAAUGUGAGAUGUAGAAAUUGCAUAGUCAGAAAGUUAGUUUUGUUUUCUAAAGCUAAAAAGUAGCGCUCAUCUCAGUUUAAGUUUACAACAGAAAGCCUGUGUUACAUAUUGGAAGCAUUUACUUUGAAGGACGUGGAGAGUUUACAAAAAAGCGAGUUACAAUAUGGGAAAAAUCUCUUUCAAAACUUCAUCCAUACGAGGGUCUAAAAGUCAACAUAUCUGAACAGCUCAGCAGCUUUGAUGAUGAUGUUCUUCUCACGAAUCCCCCAGCAACAUGGAAAACUGACGCCAUGCCCCUUUCAGUGCACGGAGGAGCUUGAUGCAUUUUGUUUGUGUACUGAUCAAGAUGAUUUAACGUAUGAUAUUGCAACAAGCUACCUUUGCGGUCCCGAUGUACUCAGUGCAGCCUGUCUGACUGGUUGUUCGUCUUCAUUUGCAGUUAUGAAGUAUGCUAACUUAGACAUUACCAGAUGAUGCGUGAUGACACUCGGGUUUGUUUUUACAUUUACACCUCACUCAAGGUAACCUGUUUAAGGUGCUACCUUACCUCCCAGACUGUGAUGUAUUCUGGGUUUUAAAAUAUAUCUUUACCUUUAGUAGUGUUGUUUGAUUGUUUAAUGUGUUACAGGGCUCUGCGGUUCUAUAAUGCCCUGUGGGAUCAUACAGUAUCACUCUCAGGUAGAUCUUUUUUAUAUGAUGGUUUGUUUCCCAGGGACUGUCAACUUUAGUCCAUGAUGGAAGUUAAUAGUUUUUUCUAUUGUAGCAUACCUGCUGCUGUUUUUUGCCCCUCUAUAUUUAAUUCACUUAAUAUUUUGCGGGGUGAAACUGAGUUAUUGUUCUGGACAUUUUGUGUACUAAAGGCAAUUCAACUCAUUCUGCAUCAUUAAGCAACUUGUUUGUCUUUUAUUUGUAAUAAAAAUGUUUUUCAAAUCUACCUCUUUCGCUGUUUAAACUACAUAAACCCAUCUGUUGUUUUUAUGGAGAUUGCCCCUCCCUGUGCUACAUAAGUUGUUUCCUUCUUUGCAGUUGUCAAGAUGAUUUAGUUGGAACUUUAGCCACUUGGUUGUCUUCAAUCAUAGGCUGCGUCUCAGUGGUGCAGCACUGCUGUCUCGCUGCAAGACGAUUUUAGGGUCUUCCUGUGUAAAGGUUUCAGAUACUUGCCACAUGCGGAAACACAUGCAGGUCAGAUUAAUCUGAAACUAAAAUACUCUACAACACUUUCAACCCUCUCAUCCCAUGGAGGGGGGUCAAUAAAUGGAAUUAAUAAACUUAUUUACACUGUAGAUUAAUACCCUAACAUGUAUCUCUGCUGAAUAAAAAUAUAAAAACAA